AUGCUUAAAAAUUCGUUAAAGAAUAAUGCUAUCAGUAUUAAAACACACCAAAAGGAUGAAUGUGAAGCAUCAGACGGCGCAUUUAACGAAGUGGAUACUCUAGUUGACCAGAUGAGAGCUAAACUAGAAGCUUUGAGAGGUGAUACGCAACACUGCACAAAAACUCAUAAUUAUAAAACAUUCUUGGCGGAAAGCUGUGCUAGUUAUAGACUUAGAAGGCUGGUUUCAAUGUCCAAAAAGUUUCAUAGAAUCGAAAAAAAGCUUUUGAAGAAAUAUCUCAGACCGCAAGAAGAGAAAACAGAAAUUCUGAAUGAAUCAAAGCAAACACAAAAUGAUGAAAAGGCACUCAUAAGAAAACUCGAGGGACAAAUAAAUCAUUACCGCACAGUGGUAAAUGAAAUUGGUAAAAGUUUGGAAAUGCUAAUCGACACAAUAAAAAAGACAAUUGAGGACAAUAAAUUAAAAAAAUAUGAGGAGAAAAUUCAAUUGAUACUAAAUGAACUACCACCACCAUAUCGUUUCGCCAGCUCUGUGAAGCUUUCAAAUUUCAAUUCGCUACUUUUAGCAAAUCCACCACCAAAUUUGAAGCGUUUUUCACUUUUCGGCGAUUUGGUUAGUCUCUAA